AUGGAGCGUGGUCCCUGGGAGCCACUGCCAGGGGUGAUGGGAACAAGACGAUCCAGCAGGUUCAGCCUGGGGUCCGUCGUCCUCCAAGAAGACGAGCACCGUAAGGUCUCCAGCCAGGGUCUCCUGAACGGCCACGACUCCCCGCCGCGCUCCUCCUCCACCUCCUCCUUGGCCACCGGCGGGAGGGAGGAGCAGCAGCGGGGAGGGAUGAGCGGCUCCAGCGUCCGGGGCGGCCCGACGCUGGGCCCCGCCGGACCGCUGCGGAGCCGCUUCGUGAAGAAGAGCGGCCACUGCAACGUGGUGUUCAGCAACCUGGAGGACUGGAGCCAGCGCUACAUGGCGGACCUCUUCACCACCUGCGUGGACAUCCGCUGGCGCCACCUGCUGCUGCUCUUCUGCGUCAGCUUCCUGCUCUCCUGGCUCUUCUUCGGGCUCAUCUUCUACCUGGUGUCCCUGGCCCACGGGGACUUCCAGAGCCCGUCUGACGUGUCGCCGGCGGGAGCGACCCACGGACCGGACCCCCCGCUGGUCCCAGGGGGCCGGAGGGAGCGCACGCCGUGCCUCCUCCACGUGCACGGCCUCCUGGGCGCGCUCCUGUUCUCCAUGGAGACCCAGACCACCAUCGGCUACGGCUGGCGCUGCGUGACGGAGGAGUGCCCGGUGGCCGUGGCGACGGUGGUGGUGCAGUCGGUCGUGGGCUGCAUCCUCGACUCCUUCAUGAUCGGCACCAUCAUGGCCAAGAUGGCGCGGCCCAAGAAGCGGAACCAGACGCUGAUGUUCUCGCGGAACGCCGUGAUCGCGCUGCGCGACGGCCGGCUCUGCCUCAUGUGGCGGGUGGGGAACCUGCGGCACUCGCACAUCGUGGAGGCCCACGUGCGCGCCCAGCUCCUCCGGCCCUACGUCACGGAGGAGGGCGAGUUCGUCCCCCUGGAGCAGAUGGACCUCAACGUGGGCUACGACGAGGGCACGGACCGCAUCUUCCUCGUGUCGCCGCUCGUCAUCGUCCACGAGAUCGACAAGGACAGCCCGCUGUACUCGCUGAGCCGGGCCAACCUGGAGGCGGAGCACUUUGAGAUCGUGGUCAUCCUGGAGGGCAUGGUGGAGGCCACGGCCAUGUCCACCCAGUUCCGCAGCUCCUACCUGGCCCGCGAGGUCUUCUGGGGCCACCGCUUCGAGCCUGUGAUCUGCGAGGACCGCGACCGCUACAGGGUGGACUACGCGCGCUUCCACCAGACCUACGAGGUGCCGUCCACGCCGCACCUCAGCGCCAAGGAGCUGGACGAGGCCGCCAGCCGGCCCCCCUCCGCCGGGACGACGCGACCGCCACCGUCGGCCAAGGAGGCGCCGAGCUCGUUCUGCUACGACAACGAGGUGGCGCUGAUCUGCGGCGAGGACGACGACGACGAAGACGACGACGACGACGAGAACGACAUCUUUGACUUGCGCCGGACGCUGUCGUCGCCGGGGGGGAGGCGGGAGGAGAGGAGGACCUCGGUGACCGUGGACCUCCCGAAGGCGGGACAGGACUCGGCUGCCUUGACGACGGGCCGCCAGAGCUUGAUGUGCGUGCUGGACAUGGACAACCACCAGAGGGAGUUCGAUAUGCUGCAGACGGCAAUUCCGCUUGAUCCACAGUCCUACAAGAGCGAGCAGGAGAUGUAGAGGUCUGAGGGACACUGGACGGGGAAGACUGCUCGGGGGUUGUUCUCAGCCUUGCUUCUGUUGGUUGAUGUUUGGGGUUGGAGAGUGGGAUAUAUCUAUUUUACUGUAUGGUGGAGAAACUAGAAAACUGAUUGAUUAUUAAACCACGAUGAGCCGUAUUGAGGCAGUGGUCAUUCAAGAAAUGAGAUUUUGCUGAGAAGUGAACUUGAUUCCGACUGAAUAGUCAUUCUCCAUCGCAUAAAAACCUCAUGACAACAACAUUAAGACAAGAUACACUAGACGGUUGUCUGAUUAAUGCUCAAAUGCUCCUCUAUUUCCAAGUCCCUGAGAGGCCAAAAUGUGAGGACU